CCGGCGCAUCACGGCGGGUGGCGCCUCCUCUGCGGCAACCGCGCCUUGCGCAUUGCCGCAGCGCACGCCCCGGUGGCCGCUCGCUGCUUGCCGCGGCCGCGCCGCCCUCGCGGGCUGUGGGCUGCGCCCAGCUGCCGGCCGACCCUGCACCGCUGCGGGCGCUGCGGCGCGCCCUUUGCUCAGGGCCGGUGUGCAGGCGGCAUGGGAUAAGACGCCACCAUGGUGCGCCGAGAUCGCCUCCGCAGGAUGAGGGAGUGGUGGGUCCAGGUGGGGCUGUUGGCUGUGCCCCUGCUUGCAGCCUAUCUGCACAUCCCGCCCCCCCAGCUUUCCCCUGCUCUUCACUCAUGGAAGUCAUCAGGCAAAUUUUUUACCUACAAGGGACUGCGUAUCUUCUACCAAGACUCUGUGGGUGUGGUUGGAAGUCCAGAGAUAGUUGUGCUUUUACACGGCUUUCCAACAUCCAGCUAUGACUGGUACAAGAUUUGGGAAGGUCUGACCCUCAGGUUUCAUCGAGUGAUUGCCCUUGAUUUCCUAGGCUUUGGCUUCAGUGACAAACCGAGACCACAUCACUAUUCCAUAUUCGAGCAGGCCAGCAUUGUGGAAGCUCUUUUGCGGCAUCUGGGGCUCCAGAACCGUAGGAUCAACCUGUUGUCUCACGACUAUGGGGAUAUCGUUGCUCAGGAGCUGCUCUAUAGGUUCAAGCAGAAUCGAUCUGGUCGGCUUACCAUCAAGAGUCUCUGUCUGUCGAAUGGAGGUAUAUUUCCUGAGACUCACCGUCCUCUCCUUCUCCAAAAGCUUCUCAAAGAUGGAGGCAUGCUGUCACCCAUCCUCACGCGACUGAUGAACUUCUUCGUAUUCUCUCGAGGUCUCACCCCGGUCUUUGGGCCAUACACCCGACCCUCUGAGAGUGAACUGUGGGACAUGUGGGCAGGGAUACGCAACAAUGACGGGAACUUGGUUAUUGACAGUCUCUUGCAGUACAUCAAUCAAAGGAAGAAGUUUAGAAGACGCUGGGUGGGAGCUCUUGCCUCUGUAUCUAUUCCCAUUCAUUUUAUCUAUGGGCCACUGGAUCCAGUGAAUCCCUAUCCAGAGUUUUUGGAGCUGUACAGGAAAACGCUGCCGCGGUCCACAGUGUCGAUUCUGGAUGACCACAUUAGCCACUAUCCACAGCUAGAGGAUCCCAUGGGCUUCUUGAAUGCAUAUAUGGGCUUCAUCAACUCCUUCUGAGCUGGAAAGAGUAGCUUCCCUGUAUUACCUCCCCUAUUCCCUUAUCUGUUGUGUAUUCCACUUAGCAAGAAACGCCCAAAAGAGGUCCUGGCCACCAAACACUAUUCUCUCACAAAAGUCCACCUGACUCACACUGGUGAACAGCAUAUAGUAAAAAGCCAGCAGAAGCUCUAAGGGUGACCUUCUAAUAGUCCACCUCCCAUUCCUUUGACAUCUGAUCAAGUGUAUGGACUUGCCUUUGUGUUAUUAGGAAAUUCUGAUGGGCACUACUACUCACUGAUGCAGAAAGACAGACAGACAGACAUUCUUUUGCAUAAAAGUCUUUGAAACACUUCUAUGGACUUUUCUGAAAUAUUUAGAAAUGCUAAUUUCUGGCCCUGGUUGGAAUUAUCUAAAGGUGCCACCUUCACCUCGCCUUGAAUGGCUUUAAUUCUCUAAGUGGCACAGCUUCAAGUGAGAAUGAGUCUCCCUUGUCAUAACUUUGGAUUUAGUUUCAUUAGCUGCUUCUAACUGUAGUCAUUUUGUUAGACUUUGGUUUCAAUAACACAGUAUUCUAAGUAUACUUUAAGACUAUGAUUUACCUACACGUAUUAUGUAUGUAUUUUAUAAGGACACUAAACCAGCAGACAGUUACUCUAGCAGAGUAGUUUAACCUUAUUAAACAUGUUUCAUUUCUGAGUAAAUUGAAGUAAAGCCAAGCUAUUUACAGAAUUUCCUAAAAUCACAGAACAUUAAGGACAGUAGUCUCUGUGCCAGAGAUUUACUGUUACUUGCUGUUAGAACUGGUCUUUCCAGCUAAUAACAGUCGGACUCGUCAUACCUCAGUGCUUAGAAGCAUGUCCCUCCUGAGCCAGAGUGGAGAGGAGGGGAUCGUUGUACAGUCCAAGUUACCAGGCUGAAUAUAUACUGAUUGCUUAACUUCUCGUUGGUUGUCCCAGAGAGGGUUCCUCAUGUAGCUCAGCAAUUCCUGUACUUUACAGACGGGAAAGUUCUAGAAACUUUAAGAACAAAGUCUGAAAGUUCUAUGAGCAAAUGGUGCUGAAUACUUUUUUUUUUUAAGCCACAGUUUCAUUGUCUUAGUUAAAACAGGAUUAUUAAGUGGUGAUUUUAAAUUCUUUUUUUUUAUUAGCAACUUCAAGUAUAACAACUGGAAUAAGUGUUUAUUUUCUAUUAAUAAAAAUGAAUUUUGACAAAAGUGGACUCUGGCUCCCGCUCCCCCACCACCCCUCUGGGAUAAAAGCUUUCCAACAUUGCCAGGAGCUUUCAGAUACACAGUGAAUUAAAGAAUUUAAUGAAGUUAGGCAGCUGGGGCAUAGGAUAGUAUUUGAUUUUCAAGAUCACCCAAAGCUGUACUACCAUACCAAAGCUGACCAAGUGUAAUAAAAAGAAAAAGGAACAACAAAAAGACAUGCACAAGGACAGACAUCUGCUUGAUCUGCUGGCUCAGGGCCAAACAUUUAAUUUGCUUUUCUGAAGUCAUUCAUUUUUGAAAGUAUGAUUCUGGGAAAUUCAUGCCAAUAGCCUGAAAGCCCACUGACAGUGAAGGGUACAUCAACUUCAUCUCACCCAGUAAAAACUUAUCCAACAGAAGCCAAGAUAACAUCUACAGGUGUUCCCUCUUUGCUUCUGACAGUCACCUGCAUGGUUACCCCAUCUGCUAAGGCCAGCCUGGACCUCACCAAUAAAUCAUAGCCACCUCUGUAUACACCUGAGAGGAAAAAAGUGAGGAAAAUCAUGUUAAGAACUCAAAACAAGCUCUGAAUAAUGAAAUUGAUCGUGCUCUGCCUGCAUUUCCUUUCUAUUAUUUUAGUUUAGUUUUUCUAGAGAUUUGUGCUUAUGGUGGGAAUUGAAUCCUACAUACAAAUUCUAAAUAAUCUUUUAUAUUCCCAUAAUACCAGGUACAUAGAAGGUAUUCAAUAAUAUUGAUAUGGAGUACUUAAGCGGGGGGCACUGGUAUCUGUAGAAGAGAUUUAAGUGUCUUGGGCCAAAUAUACAUCUUAAAUAGCAUCUAAGAAUAGCAUGCAAAUUAAACAGCUAAAACAAAUUAUUCAUUUUGAUGGGGCUUCAAGUUGUAACUCAUAUAAUGGGAUAAUGGGACAGUAGCAGGGCAUGAGAUGCCCAUGCACAUCCCUUCCUAUCAAAUUUUGCAACAAAAUACAGGAGAAAUCUGGUGAAAGUUUCUUACCUGCCAGAUAGAGGGAAUGGGAAUUCUUGUUCUCAGGUACUUUGUCUGACCUCUCACAUGGCUGCAUGCCCAGAAAUGUGAUGAUGUUGUUGACAGCUUCUGUGUUGAGAAGAUUGAUGCAACCGUAUGAGAAAAGGUCAGCGUAGGGAUCUGCCUCUGCACUAGUUGGUGCUGGGAGUUGGGGGUGCACAGGGUUGGUGGUGGUGUGUGGAGGGAGGCUACUGGACUAGAAAUGGGUUGACUCUGUUAGAUGAUGAAGACAGCGUUCUGGCCUUUUAAAGUGAAAUAGUUUACGGAGUUUUUAAAGAAAAGGGAGUCCUUUUGGAGUAACAUAUAUGCCUAUUAGGUGUUAGACUGCUAUCAGGCAAUAUACUGAAAGCAAAAUUGUUCUCACCUUCAAGAGUUUUGGUAGAACUGAGGGCGAAGGUCUCCUCUUUCUCAAAGGUGUCGCCUACCUCUUCCCAGGCAGCAGCAAAGUUAGGCUUCAUUACCUUCUGAAUGUGGUCAGACACAGUCACUUCAAGAUCUUCUAGCUAGUGGGUUAACAAACAGGGGUCAGAAAAUGAGUCCUCUCAGUUCAGUACGAAGGUAGAAGAGAUUAGUUCAUUUGGUUUUAUCAUCCUGUGUUAUAGCCUUUGCAGGAGCCUAGGAAAAACUCUACUACCAAGCUAGUUUGAAGUUCUGCAGUCUGGAUAAGUCUAACAAGGUAGGCCCUAGCAAAGGAAAGCAAGAAAACAGGUCAUCUGGCAAGAGCCAUAUUCAGAUCAACGUCUGUAGCCCUGGUGUAGGUACAAAGCAGUCACAUUGCCACACGUAACUGCAGAGUUCAAGCCGUACAGGGCCUUCUGAACUUCGCAUUCACGAACAGGUAGAUAUUUCUAGAAACUUUUCCCUGCAUUCUGUGAAGGCUUUUCAGUCCAUGAUGUGGCUACAUUAUAAGCAAACUAAAAGCUGCUGAACAACAACAAAAAACCCCUACCCCCAAUACUUUAAAUAAAACUGAUCUCAAUGAAAAUCAUGUAAUUAUUUUCAUCUCUUAAUUAUCCCUAUUAUAAAAACAUUAAAAAGGGUGAGUUUUGCUUUAAUCAGUACUGAAGUGGUAAAUCCCAAUUCUCUUUGGCACGAUGCACUCCCACGACAGGAGGAUUAGCCCAGGUCCUCCUCAGCUGUAACGUGUUUGAGAAGAAUACAAUCCCAUAAGUUCAUGUCAGAUGAAAAUGUUCUCUCCAGACAGAAGUCACUCAGUGGUGCAAGGGGUCAGAGUGAGUCUCUCUGCAGGGGAGACUCACCACGUACUCAUCAUCAUACCCCUCCUCAGCUGGAACCCCCGUGUCAGGGUCGCAGUCCCGGACAGUGAAUUUCAUGGUGCAGCUGAAGGUACCUGCAGCUGGAGGAGAGAGAGCAGGCGAGCCUGCGUCAGUGGGCAGCGCAAGCGCACGGUUUCCAUCAGUAACUUAGGAAGCACCAUCUGCCCUUGGCUCUGUGUUCUGAAUUAGCAAGUGACACGUAUGUAGGCUGUUUUCUAGGGUCGUAGUUCUCAAAAGAAGCCGGUACGCUGGACUUUAAAAUCUGUUCCCUGCUGCGAGUUAGAAUAGUACAGAAAAGACAACAUGGGCAAAACUCUGUUUUUAUGUUCAGAUAAGGAAAGCAGGGGGUAUAGCUCAGUGGUAGAGCAUCUGACUACAGAUCAGGAAAGCAGCAGGGGAGACACUUUUUAAGGGGCUUUUUGUCAUGCCUGUCAACACGUUAAGAACCACUACUUUAGGAGCUGACAAACAAAGCAUAAAAUAUGGAUGGUAAAACACACAGAUCAUUAAAUUAAUACUAUGUGUAUCACAGUCUCGAUACCUUUACAGAUAUUAUAUCUGUAGAUUGUGGACCAAAAGUGGGUUCAGAGAUCACCAGAAUGAACUUGCUUUAUGUCAACUUUCAACCUUUAGUGAGUAGGUCAGUAAUGAAGUUCUAAUAUUGGUGAAGUCAGUGUUGUACAAUGGGAAAGCAAGUGGGUAAUUAUAUGUUUUGAGAUAAUCAGUGGAAGAAAUGAAGGAAAAUGAAGUCUUCAUGAAGAAGACAGGAUUUUCUGAACUGUCUGAAGGAGAGGAUUUAUUAACCAUGGAUGAAGAAAAGGCACAUAAGGGUCUAGUCCAUGGUCUGGAAAAGGCUUGUAGGUUUAAAAAAUUUCAUAUGUGUGUAUAUAUAUAUAUAUAUAUAUGAAACUGUGGAGUUAGAAAGUUACUUGGGGAAUAGGCAAGGACAGGAAAGAAUAGACUCAGAUGUAAAGACCAUAUAUGACAGGUUGGGUAGUGAGACUUUCAUUUGUUCAGUCUUAACUUUAAACUCCCUCCAUCCAAAAAUGUAGAAAAUGUCAAUACAUUUAUAAUGUAAAGGUAUAAAUGAAUAUGCCAGAUCCUUAGAUAAAAAGACGACUAAGACAUGACCUUUUUUCCCACAGCUGAUUGUCUAGGAGUUGAAUAACAGUGUGUGUGAGAGAUCUACCUAUAUAUACCUGUGACAUUACAAUUUAGUACCAUAGGUUCUUUAAUAUAAGUUUUAAUAGAGUGCUAUGUGGGAGUGCAGGAUUAACAGCCUUGGAAAAUCAUAAAAAAUUUGAAAGGAUGUACAGUUUAAUUGGAUCUCAAAAGAUGCAAAAGAGCUUUGGCAAGCAGAGGAAGGUACACGAGCUAAAGGAAUGAGGCUAGAAAGGCAGUGGUGUAAUUGGAAGCAGUAAGAGAGAGGCUAAUACAUAGGUGCUGAGAAGAGAAUGUGUUUAGGAACAAAUCUGAAAUACCUUAUAUUUCAAAGGAAGGAGACUAGAUAUUUUCCAGCAGGCUCUAGUAGCUGAGGCAGUCAAGAGAUUGAAAUGUUAGAGGUAAUUAAAGCCACUGGUAGGAAUCCUAUGAAUAGGCCUGAAUUCAGAGAGCAAAUGAAUUCACUCUAGCAUACUGAAAACAGAUGAUGGGAAUGGAUUGCCCCAUAUAGGAAAGAGUGUACCUAUCAAAACUACAGAAUGUAUUUCAGUGCAAUAGGGGGUUGGUGAAAGAAGGAUCUUGUUUAAAUUAAGGUAGGAUUUUCUGCAGGAGGAAGGGGGAAGAAGAAGAAAGAAAGAAGUGGAAAUUAACACAAACCUAGAAUGCGUCAGUUGAGGUAUUUAAAAAAGAAAAAAUUAAAGGAGAGAAUGGGAUUACGGUAUGAACAAAGGUCAUGAUCAAAUAAAAAUGGAGAGGCAGGAAAGAUGUUGAGUAAUAGAAGAUUAUAUGAACCCCAGGUUGGUUCAUGGAGGCUACUGGCAAAUGAGGAAGAGGAAUAAGGACAGUCAGGAAUAAUGGUAGAUCACAGACUGGGCUAACUGGUUGAAUUUUAUGUAUAAGUAAAGACAGAAGACACUUUAUAUAUAAGUAAGUGAUAAGGAAAAAUGGAUUAAGGAAGCAAAUAGGAAUGAUAUUAAUAGAGAUAAUGUUUCUGAAACUUUUGUGGCAAAUUUUCAAAUAAAUGGUUUGGUUAAUACAGUAAGAGGUUACACGGAAUCUAAGGUGAACUCCAUUAAAAGCCACUGGUAGCAGUCGCUCAGUGUUGUGAGAGAGGAUGACUAACUCUGGGUGAGGAGAAGGGGGUGGGAGAGAGCCUUUCCAUGGCAAGAGAACAAUACUGAGUCCACUGCCGUAACAAAGAUGAGAGCUUCAUGAAUGAAGCACGGCAGACAACCAAGGGAAUAAGAGAGGAAUGCCCUGGAGGUCUACACUAAGACUGUCCCCAGAAAUCAGGCUUGUCUGAGAACUGACUGAAAAUGGGAGAUAACUACUGAGGAAACUUGUAGGAAAAAGAAAUACCAAAACACAGAAUUAGAGAAAAGAUGGAUGCUGGAAGCUAAGAAAGGAGCGAGCCGUGUGAAUUAGGCCAGGGCGCAGAACAUGCAGUGUGGCAAAUGGCAGAGUGGGAGAUUUGGUGGGAGCUGUCAGGCCUCAACCACUAGAGGGAAGACUAUGACUAAAUAAGUGGGGUUAUGAGGAGAUUCCAGAAAGCUUUGCUGGAAUAAUAGUUACAGAAAAUGAUGUGGUCAGUGGGGUGAAAGAUAAGAGGGUAGGAGGGAUGGGCCUGAAACACAGGCUACCUGCAGCAAUCCCCACAGGUCUGGACCAAACUGAGAAGGAAGGGAUGUGUAGAGUGUGCAGGGAAUCAAGGCAGAUGAAAGAAAGCAAGUUGAGCAGUGAGUGCCAAAAAUGAGGAGAACGUGCCUACCAGGAAAAUGCUACACAUGUGGCAGAAGGGGUGCUGAAGAUAAGGUUUUUCUCUAGGACAAAUAUGGGGAAAAAGGAAGAAAGGUACAGAAAAGCAAGAUUAAAGUUGCCCUCAGACAGAAAGGAGAUGCUAAGGAAUGACAGACAUCAACUGGAAGGAUAAGUCAGCAUUUCUGGGCCAAAAGUCAUGCUGGAAUAAAGAAAGAAAAGAGAGACUGGAGGCAGAGAAAUGGAAAUAUUGUAUAGUGGAGAGCAUAGAAGGCCGAGCAGGUGUGUAAUAAAGACCUCAAAUGGGGAAUCCUGUCAGAGCUCAAAAUGGUCUAACUGGACACAUUUUGGAUGUAAAGACCGUAUAGCAACGAGAAGUGCACAGAAAGUGCGAGGAGCAAGGACCUGAGUAGGAGGCAGGAGUAGAUUAGCUCCUGAAGCACCGAUUUGGAGGGAAACUGUUAAAGGACUUGGGUGACAGGAAAGUUUAUAAGGAAGCUGCUUACAAUGAAUGCGGAUAAAAACCCAUUGCUGCCAACUUUAGAGAGAGUAGGUUUGACUUAAUAGAGGGCGUGAAUAGGUAGUUUUGGCCAGCAGAUAGAUUAUUGUUGGAGAAUGGGUGAAGAUUCUGAGGGAAAUACACCUCAAGAGAAGUACUUUGCCUCCAUUCCUUCUGUAGACAAGAUGGUAAAUGAAAGGGUGAUGGAUAGCUAAGAUAUCGUAGAUUAUUGCAGUGCGCCAUUAAAACUGGUUGCUCUUAGAAGUUACCCUACCAUGGCUAAUAGUGACAGACAUUUCCUAGGGAGAUUUGUAUGAAAAUAUCAUGGAGAGAGGGGAGAAGACGGAGGCUAGAAGCAUAAAAACAGAAGAUGGAGGGUUUAAGCUGGGGUGCCGAAUAUAAGGUGUGAGUAGGGAAGGGCAUUAAACAGGGCCAAAAGGAGGAACACUGGAAAAGGGCAGAGCUGCGUAUUAAGUAGAGAGACGGGAGCUAAGCUAGAUUACAGCCAAAGAGGAGAGAGGACGUGGAGAGGAAGUGGCUAAUAAGAGCUGGUGUUAAUGAGGGAGUGCCUCACUAACGGAAUCUGGGAAUCUUUUCUCAAAUGAUAUUUGAAGCAACAAGUAUGACCAAUGGAGUGACAUAUUGAAGAGUCUAAAUGGGAUGGAUCCAAGCCAUGGCCAGUGGCAAGAAUCCUAUGAAGGUCUGUACUGAACUGAGAAUGCAAGUGUAUUCAGAACAGUGUGUAGAAAACAAGAUGAAAGAAGAGACUUCUCAAUCCAUGAGAAAUGAUAUAAAGAUGGUAGCUGAAAAAACAAGUGACUGUAGGUAAUAUAGGUGUUUCUCUAGGGUCAAUCAAGGAAAAGAGUGGAAGAGCUGCAGAAGAGAUGGGGUCAUUUGAAGAUUGGCAGGUACUGACAGGAGGGAUAUGGUACCAUACUUGUACCAAAGAUCAUGAUUAAAUAAGAAAGAAGAGAGAGACUGGAAACUACAUAAGGGAAGAACUAUAUGAAGAGUAGUUGAGAACAGGUGGAGUGGCAUGGGCAGAUAAGAUGAGGAACACAGUUUUCCAGAAUGAGAACUCUUGUAAGAUCUUAUAAUGGGUCUAUCUGGUUAAAUGAUGGGUCUUAACGCCAGACUUUGAAAAGCAGUAUAUACGAUGGGAGGACAGGGCCCGAAAAGUAAUGGGAAGUUUUGGUGGGAAGUUUUAGCUAGGAGGAUUGGAAGGAGAUGGACUAAGAUGAACUCUGAUAUAAAGACAGGCCAGCAACCUUAAAGACACCAGGAUAAAUCUCUGAGCACUGGUCUACAGCAUGGAUGACUAAUACUGAGAGCUGAGUGGCUAGCGAUCAUGCCCAACUCAAAAGUAAAACUUCAUUUGUCAUUUUCAUGUACAGAUGGUAGAUGAAAUUAUGCUAUAUGUAUAAUUAAGACGUGGGAGGGCAGACCACCAAAGGGAGAUACAAAUGAAUAUCUUGCAAAUGCCACAUUAAAGUUAUCCUCAGAAUUUACUCUGUCGUGUCAAGAUUUUCUGAAAGUGGAGAGACAGCUCCUGGGGAGAGAACCUGGCUAGGGAGUGCUGUUUGGGAGGAGACUGAAUCCACUUGAAUGAAACAGAGAUGGUAGCUAAAAAAAGAAGAGAAGCUGAUAAGGCAGCAUAUUUCUUUAGGGCAAGACAGGUAGCAAGGGCAAAGGAAUGGGAGAACAACAUUACAGGUGCCCCCAGAUUAAAAGAAUGCCAUUUGAAGAAUGACAGGUAUUGAUUGGAGGGAGAGGAUCCCAUACUUGGGCCAAAAGACACAGAAGGAGGGGUGGGGGGUAAAGCUAAGAGGAGCACUGUAUAGACUAGAGAACGAUUCUGAGUAGGUGGGUGGUAAUAAGAAAAACCACAGGACCAUAACGAUUCCCAGAAUGGGGAAGCCUAUAGUGUGAGAAUGGGCCUGAGUGGUAUGUCGGGUAUAAGCCAGACUGCAAUGACUAGUCUAUACAAUGGGAGAGAAAUAGAGGCCUGAAAAGGAGUGACAGGAGUAGACUUGCUCUUGACGCCUUCGUGGGAAAUUUUUAAUUAAAGGGCUUGGUUGGGGGGAAGUUUAGAGCAGUGCUUCUUAAGAUGUGUUCUAUCAGCUCUGCCUAGGAAUAUGUAAUUCUUCGCCCUCCUAGACCUACUGAAUCAGAAAUUUGGGGUGGGGCUCAGCAGUUUGUAUUUUAACAAACUGCAGUUUGAGAGCCACUGCUUUAGACAAAGGCAGAUUAAGAGUAAUCCCUAUUAAAAAAUCUUUGCUAGCAGCUAAAUCUAAUUAGCUAAAAAUUAGAGAAGCAACUGAGGAGACUUGUAAGAAAGGAUAGUAGACAAGGAGAGAACGGCGACUAAAAAGAAAAAGGGCCAUGUGAGUUAGACUCGGGUGAGGAACCUGCAGGAGAGUAACAUGGCCAAUGGGUAAGGGCAUUAGGGAGUGCUAGAGUGAGAAAGCCUGGCACACGGGAGAGUAGGAGCUUUAACAGAGUGAUGCUAUGUUUAUCUAGAUUGCAGCCACUCAAAAAGAGAGAGGAAGGAGGGAAUGUGGCUAAAUAAGAAUUGAGGUUAUGAGGGGGAACCGUUCAGGAAGCUUUGUGGAAGAGAGAGGCUGCAGGGGCUGGAACUAUAUAAUCCAGUCCAGAGUCUGAACAGUGACUGCUGAGUAUGAGGUGUCCGUUUAUCUAGAAGAGAUUACUGAAUCUAUGGGAAUGAUCGUACAUACACAGUCUCUGAAUGAAAGAGGGAUGCUGAAUACAAGGUACAAUUUUUAAUAAGGCAAAAUAAAGAAAAAGGAGUAAAACAGCAAAGUUAAAAUUGCUGCCAGCCAGAUGAGAAGGUAUCACUUAAUAUUGACAUAGAAAUUGUCACUGAUACCACCUGGAGGCAUAGGCACCAUAGCUUGGCCAAAGAACACGAUGGAAAGGAAGAAGACAGGUUAGAAGCUAUCUAAGGGAAAGGCUUAUCUAAAGAGUAGAAAAUUGGUGCUUCCCUAGUGGCGCAAUGGUUGGGAGUCCGCCUGCCGAUGCAGGGGACACGGGUUCGUGCCCCGGUCCGGGAAGAUCCCACAUGCCGCGGAGCGGCUGGGCCCGUGAGCCAUGGCCGCUGAGCCUGUGCAUCCGGAGCCUGUGCUCCGCAACGGGAGAGGCCACAUGACCAGCUAGGGAGCAUGGGCCAGUGGUUUGCCUAUAGAGAAGAUUACCUGUAUUUCUUGAGGAGUAGUUGGGAAUCGCUAGGGAGGUAAACCUCACUAGAAAACUACUGUACCCUUUGCUAUGACAUAGGAUAGUAGCUGAAAUGGAUAGUUAAGAUAUGGUAGAGCAUAACAGAAUAAGAAAGAAGAGGGGGUUUUAAUCUAAAUAAUGGGAGCAUUGCAUGCAUUAGAGUAGGGUUCUCAGUAGUCAGAGUAGCAAAAAGGCAAAUAAGAUGUGAAUUGAAGAGACUUGGAAUGGAGAAAUCUGUCAGAUCUCAGAAGGGGUCUAACUGGUUAAAAAUGUUUGGUGUUAGUUAAAGAUGACAAUGAGUGGUAUAUAACUAGAGAGAAGUAAAGGCCUGCAUAUAAAUGAAUAGGAGUUAGAAAGUAGACUAGCACUCAAAGUCUUGAUGGGAAAAAAAUUUUUUUAAGAAUGAAUAUAUAUAUAUAUAUAUCCCUCAAAGACAGCAUUACAUAUUAUUUAUGGAUAUAUGAAUAUUUAUGAAUAGUAUAAAAUAUAUAUGAGGAUAAAUAUUUAAGUAUUUAGUGAUUUUCUCUUAGAAGGAAGGGAAAGAGGUAAAUGAUUCUAAAGUGGUACAAAGGAAGUCUCAAUUAUAUGUGUACUGUUCUAUUUCUUUAAAAAAAUCUCGAUCAAAUAUAGCAUAAAGUUAAGAUAUAAAGAAGUGGGGUAGUAGGUAUAUGAAUUUUGGGGGAACAGAACAUUUUAAAUAAAGGGAUUGGUUGAUAAGAAUGGUUAGAGGGGGAAGUUAGAAUGAACCUUGAUGAAAAGUCAUCGAUAGCAACCUGAAAGAUGCUGGUUUGACCAACUAGAGAGUGCAGGUGCGUCGUUUAUCUGGUGAGAGGAUGAAGUGUACUUGGUAAGAAGUGAGUGGAAGUGCGCCUCAAGAGAAGACUAAUGUGUCCCUCACUAUGAUGACAGAUGGAAGCCAAAAAUAUUAUAGAUGUUCAUGUAUAUGACAGAGCAAAUAAUCAAAGGAACUCAGGAAGAGCUUGUUGAGGUAUGAUGUUAAAGUGCUCAGAAAUUAAAGUAUCAUGUUAGGACUGGCUGUGAGAGAAACUGCUGAGAUGUAUUUUUAAAAAGAGAGAGAAAAAAAUUGAGGCUGAAAUCUAAGUAAGGAGAGGGAGUCUAGGAUAUAGGCUGUGGUGCAGAACAUGCAGUUUAGCAAAAUGUUAAACAAGGAAGGGCAUUAAACAGGUCCAGGAUGAGGAGCACAGAGAGAUCAGAAUUAAAAGUUCAGUGAAGGAUUGUAUGGUAAGCCAGAUAUCAACCAGCCAAGGAAAGAGGUGAGAAUGCCGCCAAGUAAGAACUGGAGUAUGAUGUGUUGCUGCCCAGAAAGCUUUGUUGGAAAAGAUUUGAAGCAAUCAGUGUAGUCAAUAGAAUGAGAGGUUAGAGAGCAAUUAAAUGUGAUUGGACUUAAAAUGGGCCAGAGCAGAAAUCCUGGGAAAAUCCAGACUCAAUGGAGGGUGGAAACAGAUUUCAGUACAGAAUGCAGGAAAUAAGGAAGAUGGAUGAAGGUUGAAUUGUGAGUGCUGAACAUUAAAAGUGUACAUAUCCAGAAAAGAUGAUUAGAUUCACUGGAAUGAUAUAGCUGAAAGAAGAAGGAAUGUUGGAGGAAAUGUAGGGAGUUUGCAGCAAAAGGAGAAAGGGGAAAAGGAGAAAACGGAUAGAAGAGCAAUGUUCAAGUUCCUUGUAGAUGGAAAGACAUUAUUUGAAUAGUCAUACAGAUGGAAGAAAUGGCUUUUGCUCCAUACUAAGGCCAAAGGUCAUGACAGAAUAAAAAGAAAAUAGGAGAGGAUGGCAAGUAAGUAAAGGGGCAUUGUGUGAAUUAGAGAGUAGUUCUGAGUAGCUGGAAUGGCAACAAGACAGAUCAGGUAUGAAUGAAAGAAACAGAGCCGUCAGGUCCCCGAACUGCAUAUAUAGAAUGAAAGAGGAUCCGGGCCCUGAAAAAGAACAGGACUUGGGUAGGCUGGCUCUUGAAGUCUUCGUGGGAAAUUUAUGGCUGAAGUGAUUGCUUGUUAAGAAAGGUUAGAAAGAGAUGGAUUAACAUAAACCUUGACAAGAAGGCAUUGGUGGAAACCUUAAAGACAUCACCACUGAUUGACCUUUUAGAAGGUGUGGAUUGGAUACUUUUCAGUAUGUAGAGCAAAUGAAUGCUAUUGGUUGAGGAGUGGUUGCGGAUCAUGAUAAGGCAAUCUCAAGGGAAUAAUACUGCAUUUAUUGAUAUAUUAUAGAAUCUGUGGAUGAAAGAUAAGGGAAUGUUUAAGAUCUGGUAGGGCAAAUAGUCAAAAGGAGUUAUGGAAGACCUGCCUGUAAAUGUGAUGUUAGUUUGCUGAGAAGUUAAGGAGUCAUGUUAGGACUGGCUGAAAGUGAAAAGUAACUGCAAAGACUCGUAUAAAAAAAAAAGAGGCAAGAGGAAAGGAGAGAAGAUGCUGGUUAGAGAAGGGGGAUGUAUGAAUUAGGCUGGGUUUGUAAUAUGCAAGGCGCAAAAUGGCAAAUAUUACUGAGACCAGAAUGAGGAAUGCAGGUAUCACCAGCUGUCUACUCACAUUACCAAAAUACUUCUUAACAUGAAAAGUUUUUACCUACAUAUCACCAUGUGCUUGGGAAACUUGGUACAGUGAGUUAGCAUUCUUGUGCUAGCAAAAACUUUGAGUUUGUACAGUCUAUUUGGGAUAGUAUAUGUUUGCUGCAGACAUAGUUCUUUUAUCUAUAGGUUUACUUCCUAUGCUCAAGGUUUUUAAAUGUGUUGUGCAUUAUUCCUAUCAUCUUCCCUAUAAUAUGUGUGGAACAACUCCAGCAAUUCGCCAAUUGGUAAGUAAAUGUUUCCCAAGCGUUUCUUAUUUAUACAAUGCAUUUUGAAAAUGUAUAUGCAUUUGUUAUUUCUCUUGAGAACCUUUCAUUAUUCCAUGCUUUGUAAAAGGAGAAUGCAAUUACAGUCUUAUAUCAUAGUAUGGGAUCAUUUUGUACUACAAACAUGUACACUAGUGAAUGAAUUUUAUGUUAAAUAAUUAUGUAGUUGUUCUUUAAAAUGGUUUAUAUUAUAAGAAAUACUUAAAAGUUUUUAUAAUAGCAUUUUUGUGAUGGUUGAGAAGAUACGUUGGAUUUUUUUUAAAAGGAAAAUGGUUAUGGGCCUUUUCAAAUUUAAGAUAUUGCAAUAUAACCAUUUACUAAGAAAAACUGCGAUUCAGCAUAUUUUAAAGAAAGGAUAAUGAAAAUUGCUUAUUGUACUUAUAAAGCAGUUGAGCCAGGAAGAGAACUGUGUGGUGAGGCAUUUCUUAAAGGAAGAAAAGGGGGAGAUAAAGUGAUAACUGAAAAUGAGACAUAAGAGUGGGAAAGUAUGUGGGAAAGUACGUUUGUAUAAAGAGGUGUAGUCGGCAGAAAGGUCAGAGAUAAAUUCAGUAAAGUGGACCUAAAACAACACAAAUUGCAGUGAUCCUACCAAGGAAUAAAUGGAAAACCAAAGAAGUUCAGCAAAAUGUGUAAAAAGAAGAAAUACGGAAAUGGAUUGAGCAAUGAAUGUAGAACAAAAAGAGGAACCAAAGAGCGAGGUAUUAGUGAGCGUGUGAGAAUGGUACAUACUCAGUAUAUGGAUGGUUAAUAAAAGGUAGAAUAGGGAAAAAAGAAGAAAAUGGGUGGAAAAGCAAAAUUUAACUUUAGAUGGGAAAGAUCAUGUGAGGAAUGACAUACUGAAAAACAAGGUUUGGCACUAUAAUUGUAUCUAAUGGAACAAGGAAGAAUAUAGGUGAUAGAAACCAAGUAAAAAGAGCACUGUAUGGAUAAGAAAACAUUUCAGAGUAACUAGAUAAAAUAUAGGGUAAAACAGUUUCACAAUAAGGAGAUCUUUAUUGAGGGCAGAAAUGGACACAGGAUUAAAGACAGGCGAAAAGUACCGAAGAAAGUGAAGGCAGAUGGAAACAAGUCAGAAGGCGACUACAUGCAGUAGAGUGGAGUAUUAGAAAAAGGCCAAGUGGAGAACGAAGUUAAGACAAUAUGGAUAAAGAAGAAUUCAGCUGAUGGGGGCAAAGGGUGUCAUGGAAUGGAACUGAAAACUGCACAUCUAGAAAGGAUUUAUAACUUCGUAAGAUGGUACUGGACGAAUCACGGAACAGGGACGGGUUAACUAGGGGGUUAAAAUAUGGCAGAGGAGAGAAAGAGGAACAAAACAGAUACGCAAAACUAGAGUUACACAUACGACUAAAGGACUCCAUGAGAAGAAACAAAAAUGAGACGAAAAUGACCUUAUUCAGUAGUAAUGGAAAUAGAGGAAGAACAAAGGAGAGGAAAACUGCAUGGAUUACAGAAAGACAAUGACAAAACUAGAGUCUAGUAAAACCAACACAUGAUGGGGAUAAUAGCAAAGAGUGGGUAAGAUAAGGUGGUAGAACAGAGAAUCCUGCCAAACUUGUUAUAGUAUAUAAACUUAAAACAUACAGAGUAUUUAUGAAAGUGGAGAAAAUGUUAAAUGGGAAUGAGUGGAGUAGAGGAAUGAGGGAUGAGAGGAAAAGGUUAGAGCAUGUCCUGCAAAAUAUUAAAUAUAGAAAAGAAUGAGGGCUGCAAUGAGUAGAUUUCCAGGGUUCUGUUCUAACACAGUGAACACUAAGCACUUUGAAAACAAGUAAAAUUAAACAAUGGAAUGAAUGUGGGAUGGUUUAGGAAGUUUAAGUAAAAAGAAUUAAAGUCACAUUCAACAAUGAUACUUGACUAAUAGGGAAGACAGACCUAAGAUAAUGAAAAGUAUAACUAUGUCAAGUAGGCUGGAGUUUGGGGCGUGUCAGAUGGAAGGAAUUGUGUCGGUCCCAAGAAGGGAUGGCUGGAUCAGUGUCAAAGUGGGGGCAGGGCUAGGAUCCUUGAGGAACAAGGGUCAAUGGCAAUCGAUGGGAGCCUAGAGGCGGGCAAGGGGAGAGCGCAGCCCAGGGAGGCACGCUGGGCUUCCACAGCAGUGAUUCUUCCCCGGGGGGGGGGGUGGUCGAUUUCACCCAAGGGGGGCUGUGGGCAUGGACCCCAAGGGAGGCCUGUCAGAACAUCUGAGGGAGAGCAGUACUCUGCUCAAACAAAAACAAAACCAAAAAAAUCAAAAAAGAAAACACAAAAACAUUCCUGAAAGAUGAUGCUGAUAGGCUUGCCUUGGGGGUCACGCAUCCUCGGGUGAGAAUCACUGGGUGGAAGGGGCAGGGUGGGCAGCUGGGAAGAGGGGUGAAGCAUGAGCAGAUGAGCCCGAGUCGGGCAGACGGAGGCAUCAGAGUCAAGAGUGUCAGACAUGGAGGAAAAGGACCCAGGCAGGGCCAGGGAGACAGCGAGUAAAUGAAUGUAGCCAGCAAGGCACCUGGAGUGACUGGGGGAGGGGGGAGGGGGAUUACGGUCCAUCAGUUGGGAGUGGAUUGCAAGCAUGGUGUCCCUGAGCUUAGGACUCUGGAGGAGUAAGGCUGAGGGAGAUGGAAGUGGUGACUGAAAGGAAGUUGGGUUGUAUGUGAGCAGAGAGCACCGGAGGGGGGUGUCCACGCAGAAGGAAGGGGCAGAUGGGACAGGAGAGGACAGUGCAGGAGAGCGUCUGGAAGAGAGAUGACUGCCCCGAGGGGGGAGGGAGGGCGGACAGCAGGACCCAGGGCUCUGUGCAGGUCCAGACUGAGGGCGGUGGUGUCGGGAGUGGGUCUGGCAGGUGCGGGGGCAGGAGGGUGGGAAGAAGGUGAGAGUGCUGCGGUGAAAGAAAAAGGUCGGAGAAUCAGAGGCCGGAGCCUCCCUGAGAGCUGUGUCAGAAGAGUACGUGACAAGGUGUCUGGAUGGAAACCUGAAAGGUUACAGGGAGUGAUGUCGUGGGGUCGUGCGGCCCGGGAGGCAAGCUCAGCCUGGCUCAUGAGCGUGGGUUGGUGGGCGGAGCGUGAGGAUUCAACACAGUGUGCCUGAAGCAGAGACGACUCAACCGGGUUGAGCAGUGGAUGGGGGACGGAGAAGGGAGCACAGAGCAGAGGAGACAACUGAAUCCAGCUGGAAGGUGCACAGACAGUAGCUUCUUUAAAGAAUGUCACAUGGCUCAGGUAGGACAGUUCCUUUGCUAUACAUACAGUAGAGAAGGAAAUAAGGAGAGAUGAUGAAGGUGGGCCCCGGACGUAGGCAAGAUCAGGUGAGCAUUCUGAAACAGGUAGUAGAGAAGAGGAGGUCCAAUGGCUAAGAAGAGUGAGGAAGGUGAGGCAAUGGCACCCAGCAACCAGGGCAGGAGAGGCUUGUUGAGAGGAUCAGGGAACACACUGCACAGAGUGUGAUAGCAAAGAGCCAAAAGGAUGGAGUUGGAUGUCGAGGGUCCAGGAGCUGUGCACCCAUGAGUGGGCCAAGGGCGUGAGGAAGCCCAUGCAGGAGGGAGAGGACGGCGUGGGUAAGACCAGGUUGGAACAUGGGGUAGGUGGACGAGGUGAGAAGAGGAUGAGCUGGUAAAGGUAGUGGUCUGUGGAAAAUGUUGGAGACGAGCCUGUCAAUGCAGGGCAUGACGACACGAAACGAUGGAAGGUCAGACAGAAGCCUGAGGGACCUGAAAAGACACGGUGCUCAGGGAUGAAUGGGGACAGCAUAUGGAGUCACUACAGCACAUUGCAGACCAAGAAGCUGGAGACUGGGGAGCAUGAGGGCAGGUCAAGAAGAGAGCAGAUGUCAAGGAAAAGACCACUGCAUCUGUGGCAUGACUGACAGGUGGUAGGGGAAGUAGGAUGGGAUGUUGAAGAUAAAGCAGAGAAGCUCUUGAAGACAAGAGUGGGAGAAAAGGCAGAGGAUGGGCUGAGCAACGUUCAGUCCACACCCAGCCUGCAAAGAGAGAGAUCCUUGGAUUCUCGAGUGUCCAUGAAGGUGGUAGGCCAGUAUUGAGAUGGGUCAGGGGAGUCAAUGGGAAAAGAAAGGGACAGGCAGCAUGGAUGAGGGGAAGAACCUCAUGAAUGUGUGAAGGGCUCAGGGAAGUUAAAGGGGGCUCUACAGAAAAGGGGAAGGCAGCUUCAAGAGCUCCCAAUCUGGGGACGUCAGCAGAUCUCAGGGGCAGGAGGGGUGGUAUUGAGGCCAGACAGCAGGUGUACACUAGUGAAUAAAAGAAAGUACAGGUGCUAUCUGAUAUAUCUGUGGGAAAGCACUGUUUUAUGGGAAGAUAGACAAUGUAGAAUGUUUAUAGAGGGAGGGGCUACGGCAUAGCCAAGUACAAAGCAAAGGUGUAUAGUGCAAUCAAUUGGAUUUUGAAAGAACUGUAUUUAGCACUGGUAAAAUAUGCCUCCUACAGAUGCUGAUAUAGUGUUUAUACGUUCAUUGUUUUUCCAAUGAAAAUGAGCAGAGGAAAAAGAGAAAAGAAGUGGUUAAGAUAAAAUUGGAACUAAGUCAACAGUAUACAUACAAAUCAUUCUUGGAAUUAUUAAGGAACAUUAUAAUGGUUAGGAUGCAUAGUGCGACCUGUUGAUCACAAUUAAUGGAAUAAAGGGAAAUGGGAGAAAUAUAUAAAAAGAAAUUACCACAGGGAAAUUGGUGGGUGGCUGCCUGAAAAAUCUAUCAGACAAUUAUGUCGAAGUGGGUAGAUUCAAGAGAAUAAAUGGUCACAUAGAGAUAAAUUCAUAAAACAAAAUCUGAAGGGAGAGUGUCAGCAGCAGUCCUCGUAACAUUAGUGCUCCUGACAUCCCAAGAUGAAGACACAUGCCAGAGAAUGGGGUUGUUUUGAAUAAUAAGAGUAGGUCAAGGAGUAAUUUCACACAUUUUCACAUACUGAAUCCACUUAAAGGCCAGACUGUGAACCAGUUUUUCUAAGGGCUACAAGAUGGGGAAAAAGGAAGUGAGUGGAUGUGCCAUGUUUAUACUGCAUUCUGGAGAGAUGUUAUCAUUUAAGAAAGGCAGCAAUAAAGAUGACAGCUAUCGAUGAUGGUGUGAAACGGGAACAUGAAAUAGGAUAGGAAAACAGGUUCACAGUCGGCACAGAGGAAAUGUUGAAAUUUCAGUGUGUUUGAGGAAAGGGAGGUUGGUUGCAAGAUGAAUGAACAGGCGAAUGAGGUCUCAAACUGGAAUCUUGGCGAGUCUCAUUAACGGGUCAGAUUUGGAGGAAUAUGGAUUCUACGGCUAGGCUGAUGCAAAUUCUAGUGAUAAAGGUAGGGGAAAUGGUGGCUAAAUAGUAAAGUUCAACCUAUCCUGCUUUUUUAUUAGCAUUUGAGUAGAAAUUCAGAUUACGUGCUUAGCUUGGAAGAAUGCAGAGUUUCACCAAGGGUCAUUAAUAUGGAUCCCAGUGAGUGGGUGGAGGUGCGUCAAAGUGAAAAAACAGAUAAAUAUUACUUAACUGAAGCUGUGGAUUUAAUUCAGAUUGUCAGGAGUUAAUAUGGCUAAUACUGAAUAGCAAAUAAUGGAAUGGAGACAACAGAUUCAGUGAAGAGAUUGGAGUCCAUCAGGAUCCUGUGGUAGCUCAUUAAGAUAAAGGUUUAAGGAAGUGUAGAACUGCAAGAACUGCAGUAUGUAUGUAUAAUAUGAAAGAGUUAUGAAUUGUUAAAUGGGAGGCAGCAUCCCUAAUGAAAAACAGAAAGAGAGGGCUUCCCUGGUGGCGCAGUGGUUGAGAGUCCGCCUAACGAUGCAGGGGACACGGGUUCGUGCCCCAGUCUGGGAAGAUCCCACGUGUCGCGGAGCGGCUGGGCCCGUGAGCCGUGGCCGCUGAGCCUGCGCAUCCGGAGCCUGUGCUCCGCAAUGGGAGAGGCCACAACAGCGAGAGGCCCACGUACCGCAAAAACAAAACAAAACAAAACAAAAAAAACCAGAAAGAGAAACUCAUAUACAUGUCCUGUUAAACUUGAUCUUAGUAUGGAUAUUUUCUAUUGAGGGCUAUUUAAAUGAGUUAUCUAAAUUUGUUGAAAUGAGAAAUAAUGAUGCAAUGAGGACCAAGAGUUCAAUAAUAAAAGCAAUAUAGGGAUUAGAAUGGUUCUGAGUAAGUAAUAAAGCAAAAAGGUAGAGUCAUUACAGAGGUCCAAAGUGGGGAAAAAUUUGUAGAAUGUGGCAUAUAUAUGUUGUUACUGGUGUAAUAAACAUUCAGAGGAAGGAAUGUUGCUGGAUGAGAAAGGACACUAAGAAAGCAUUCUGCCUUGAAGGCUUUUCUAGAAAUUUUUCAGUAAAGAGUAGUUGUUGGAGGAUGGAAGAUAAGUAGGACUAAAUUGAGACUUAUGAUGUUGAUUACUCUUUCCACAAUUUGCCCAAGAUUUCAGGGAAGGAGUUAUGGUAAUAUCUUGAUGUUGAGUUAAAGUAAAUUUUUUCAGAUGGCAUAGAUUUUUUGUAUACUUAUAAAGUAAGGAGGAGUGGGAAAGUUUAAAGAUACAGAAAAGGUAAGAACAGGUGAUGGAAUAACUUUCUGAGGAUAUGGGUGGGUGGGUAUCUUUUGAACUGUGAAAGACUUGAUUGUUAAAGAGGAUAAAAGGAGAAAGUGGAUAGUUUCAGAAUUGAAACAAUAAUAGCCUCUAUCUAUUAAGUAUUUACUAUGUGUCUGGCACCACGCUAAUCACGUUACUUAAUUUCAUUUUAUCCUUACAACAAUCCUAGAAAGUUUACAGAGAUCAAAUAACUUGCCUGUGAUUACACACUCAGUGUGUAACAGAGUCAGAAUUCAAAUCGAAUUUAUCUAUCUCCAAAACCUACAUUACUUUCUAUUCUAUACAGUUUUCAAGUUGAAGGAAAUCACAAUCUAUAGAAUUUCUAUUUUUUUCUGUGACUAUACGGAAAAUAUAUUUUCUGAGAUGAGACAAGCAGAGGUGAUUGAUUGUAUAGAUCUUCAGGUGAUUGGUAAAAUCCAGAAUAUCUGCAAUGGGAAAAUGCUGAAAGGAAGGCAUGUGGAAAAGACUCUUAUUACCACCUAUGCCCUGGUAUUUCACUUCUAUUCAUUGCACAGCAAAGACUUUGGAUUGGCCAUGGAUUAAAAAUUUUAGAGUUUCUAACAAAGACUAAAGAAUAGAAAGGAGUUUUUUUUUAAGCAGGUAAAUGAUAGGUAAAACGUAAAUCGACUACUAACAAAAUUUUAAAAGUCCAAGUGUUGAGACUUCCAUUGGAAGAAUUCCAUUUCUUUUCUCCAAGAUGCAAUCACAAGAGUUUAUAACUAAGUUUUAACACAAACCAGCAAACCCUCUGAAUUUAACAGAAAAGAAAGAAAAUUCUCCAAAUGACAAAUUUUUAUAGACAAAAUACUAACAACCAUCGAGCAAAAGAGUCCACAGCCAGCAGACCAAAGGUUGAAACCUCUGGGCUAAUUUGUAAGAUCUGUUUUAAAAAGAAAUUAACUCCAUAGUAAGGAGGGGUAAGAAAAUCUCCCUAUGCUUUCUGUCUUAGUAGAAGUGUUUUCUGUUGUUGUUGUUUUCUCCUAUACUCUAUGUAACUUAUGUAAUUUCAAUAUUGUUGUUUUAUGUAUUUUGAUACUGUAAAAUUGUAUUUAUUGUAUUCUGUUAGAACCACUCCCUGGGGUGUGAGGCGCCUAAGUUAUCAGCUAUCCGAGUGAACCUGGGGAAAUGGGAGGAGCUAGUAUUCUCAGCGGGGGAGAGCUUGAUUCUUUAACCAAUGAGGUCAGCAUUUUGCUUCCAAAAUUAAGUGGCGAAGUAAUGGCAUCCCUUAAAAACCAGAAACUUAGUGGGAAGUAAAAUGGGGUUAGAAUUUUGAAAUAUGGAGAGAUGCCUACUGGAAAAAACUGAAGAAGUAUGGUGUAUCCCAGGAUGAUGGCAGAAGCCAUAGGGCUACAUUAAGACUGGGCCCAGAUACUGGUUUAGAAUAAGGGUAAAUAAAACUAGCUUUAUUUACAUAAGAGUACAGCCAGCUUAAUUACUGGCUGGUGGACAUAAGUCAAAUCUAACCAGAGGGAAACAGACCAGGAAAGAAAGUGAAGCUAAAAGGGAAUGGAAUAAGAGAAACCUCAUAAAGGGAUAAAGGAGGUAAUUAAAGGUUAAAGUUGGAUGGCCUAAUGCUCGAAGGAGAAAUAGUGGAGGCCAGAUAGGAAAGUGCCUUCCUACCCAGGAGCUUAUGGAUCCAGGGUGGCCGCAACUGCAGGUCCACCCAGGGCCAGAGGGAACAACCUGGGGUUCAUACCCAGCAAUGGUGCCAACUUGAAUCUACCUCGUGCUAGAGUUGAGUAGCCUGGUCUAUCAUCCAACACAGGUAAGAUUGGGCAGGGGCUCCCAGAACCAACAUCUAAAAAGGGAGUUGGGAGAGGGGCUAAGGGAAGACAGGUUAAGCCCCAAAUGUAAUGAAUGAUGACCAGGGAUAACUAUUUACUAGUGCUUUUACGAUUUCUUGUAACUCUGUAACUUUCCCAGUAUUUGUUAACUUCUAUCUGGUUUUUCCUGUAUUAGUAGUAAAAAUUGUUUUUUCCUGUAUUAGUAGUAAAAAUUGUUUUUUCCUGUACUAGUAAUAAAAAUUGUUCAAAAUGUAA